AUCGAUACCUAAGCGCGUACCGUAUACCCAACACGCUCGGCCAAGACAGCGACAGCAAUGGAGCCCUACACGCUCCAAACAAUCCUGGAAGAUGCACAAGGGCGGCAUCAGCGGAUUACGUGCGUGGAGGCAUGGGAGGAAAACCUGUAUGUCGGCACAAGUGAUGGUCAGAUCAUACAUUAUGUCGAGGAUCCCGGCGUUUCGACGGACAAGGUAUGCAAUUGACUCCCCUAUGUCUGCCGAUGAGCUUGAUUGAUCGGACUGUUCAGGUCAUGCCGUCCUAUCUGGUUGCAUCACAGCAGACAGUCAUCUCCGGAAAGCCAAUUACAUCUAUGCUUUUACUGCCACAAAUAUCGCGCGCUGUCAUCCUAUGCAACACAACCCUCAGCUUCCACGUUCUACCAGAGUUGACGCCGGCAACCGAAACACGUAUCAAAGGUGUCAACGGCGUAUGCCUUGACCUCAACGCAAAUACCAACGAUACAUCCUCGGUGACGCUCACCGUUCUGACGCGGAAGCUGUUGCGCGUUAUCAGAUUGUCGCAGGAAGACGUGCAAUUGGUUCAUGACGUCGAUUACCCGAACGCAUUGGUGGCUGCUCAGAGAGGAAGCAUUGCAUGUGUGGCAAAUGCACGAAGCUACGAUCUCAUUGAUCUGGAUAAUCUGGGAAAGAUCCCUCUGUUCCCUGUCGUCCAGGGCGAUGAUCUUGCCUCAUCACCGGGCGCAGCGACCCUCCUGGCACAAAUGACGGGCACAACGGUAGUCAAGCCAAUGGUGGUCGGUAUCGGCGCUGAUGAGUUCUUGGUGACGAGCGCGAGUCCAGAGGGCAUGGGUCCUGCAAUUGGACUUCUCGUCAAUCUGGACGGCGAGGUCACCCGUGGGACAUUGAUGUGGGACGAGUAUCCUAUUGACAUUACUUUUGAGGAUCCACAUGUUGUGGCGCUAUUUAAGGAUGGGUCGUUACAAGUACACAGCAUAAACACACAGGAACUUGUGCAAACCGUGAAGGCACCGCAAUUGGACAACGCAACCAGCGUUCGACAUAUUGCGGGUGGAUACAAGAUCCUCUCACAAGCCCUAGCUGACAAACUCGCACAAGUCCGCUACGUCCAACCAGAAGACGAACUAGACGAAAAGCUCAGCGCAAGAAUAUGGGAAGAGAUUGAAGCCGUCCGCCGGAUAUCCUUAACCACAACCUCCCUCUUCAUCACCACCCAAACUUCCAUCUCGACCCUCCUUAGCGCCCCCCUCUUCCUCCACGUCAACGCACUCCUCGACCAAAAACGUAUCGAAGAAGCCUUAGUCAUGGCCGAAGACGCAAUAUUCAACAUGCGACCCGAAGAUAUGAAUCCGGAGAGAUUGUAUCAUGAGAUGACGUUCGUGCAUCAGAAAGCUGCGUUUUUGUAUAUUGAGGAGACGUUGUUCGAGCAUGCGUUGGCGUUGUUGGAGAAAGGGAGUGUGGAUCCGAGGUUGGUUGGGGCGUUGUGGCCCGAGUUUGGGGUUGAAAAGGGGAGUGUGUGGGUUUAUCAGGGUGUACGAAGUGUUGUUGAGGAUUUGGGAACGAUUGAUGAUAUUAUCAGGGCACAUAUGGGCAAAGAGGAGGAGAACAAUGAACGAUUGAAGCAGACGCUGAGGUUCAACGCACGCGAAAUGUUGCGGAAAUAUCUCCAGAAGUUCCGUGAGAAGAAGGGGUUCGGGAGUGUUGGCUCAGGGGACGAAGCACGAAAAGCAUUCGCAAUGGUCGAUCGGGUUCUUCUACAUCUCUUACUCGAGCUUGACCCGAAUGUUCAGCAGGACAGGGUUGCACUUUACGACUUUGUCGAUUCUGGUGUCGAUGACCUCGAUGAGGCCGUGAGUCUGCUACAACAGGGUAAGAAGUACUAUGCAUUGAGUAGACUAUACCAGAGUCGAAAAAUGGUUGCGCAGGUUCUCGAGACGUGGAGGAAGAUGCUGGAAGGAGAAUGGGCAGACGACGAAUUCAAAGAUGGCGAAAGACGGCUGAAGGAAUACCUCAUCAACCAAGUCCGGAAUGGUGAGUUAUGGUGGGAGUACGCCAUGUGGCUCGUAAAACGGAAUCCGGAACUAGGUGUACAGGUACUUUUGGCCCCUGAUCCGAAGAAGAAAUUCGUGGUUGAGGUGGAUGUAGUCAUUGAGAAGCUGAGACGGGAAAGUCGGGCGGGGCUGAAGGUCUAUCUCGAGCAUCUGAUGUUUGAGCAGGGCGUGAAGAAUCCGGUGUAUCAGAAUGAUCUGGUUGCGUUGUAUGCUGAGGAUAUUUUGACGAGGCUGGAGAAUGAGGACAUUCGGACACAGGUGGAAUAUUCGGUAUCGCAGUUUCGGGCAGCGUCCAGGCCGAAGCCGUCAUUCAUUGGCUUCUUGCAGGAAACAGUCUCGUCAAUUGGAGACCAAGAUUACAAGAAAUUCGUGCAGACCAGGUUGAAGCUGCUAGAUUUUUUGCAGGCGGAUGUUCACUACGAAGCUCAAGACUUCUUUGAGAGCGUGCAGCAGCGUGAGAGUUUGUUGCCAGCGGAGUUGGUGAUUUUGUACGGCAAGUUUGGGCGGCACGUAGAUGCACUACGACUGCUGUGUCAUGACCUGAAGGACUUCCAGGGUGCUGAGAUUUACUGUUUGCAUGGUGGCCUCUCCAUGUCUGAGCUGAAGCGACCAGUACGUGGAGCGGAGGCUGCAAAGGUUCGGCGCGAGCUCUUCACUAUGCUGCUUUCGGAGCUCCUAGCAUUGGAGAACAGAGAUGAGCAAAUGACACAGACAUCUGACCUAUUGGAGAAGUACUGUGCUUAUUUUGAUGUUGCUGACGUCCUUCGGAAGGUGCCUGACUCGUGGGCAGUUGACAUGCUGGCAGGGUUUCUGACCAAGUCUCUGAGAAGGCUAGUCCAGGAAAAGCGGGAAGUACAGAUGAUGAAGAGCUUAUCAAGGGGAGAGAAUCACAAAAUCAAUGCUCUCUUGAUGAGAGUGCAGACGGACGAGAAACCCGUGAUCGAGAAGCUUUCGGAUGAAGGGGAGGAGAAUGGUGUCGACGAGGAGGACGAUGAACUAAGAUGAUGAAUGGAGCAUUCUAG